AAGAAAAUGGACUACUUCAAAACGGAGAUAGCUUCAAUGGCCCGGCCUAUUCUGUCACAGACACGAGUCCUCUAUGUAUCUCUAUGGUUAGAGCCAUUACCUCAGUGGGUGCAUCCAUCGAACUAGAUUGGAUUUAGCUAGCUAACGGUAGUAAAUGUAUUCAUCUACGUUUAGGUAAAACGUGACUGUAUUGGUGCGUGUAACAUUACCUAUCCGUUAACUUCGGAAAGAAGCAGAGUCCCUCAUUCCAGCUAGCCAACCAGAAAAACUAACGUAACGUUUAUUUUCUAAGCUGAUAAACUAAUGACCUUCUGACAUCUCGCAAAAGGGAUAUUCUGAUAGUUAAGUAGCGUUGUCUUGUUUGUAGAACGCAAAUAAUACCAGGUGUUCCUGUCCGCCUGGCUAGUUAGCACAAUACCGCCCACAGAUACGGGUUCUACGGGAAAUGGUCGACGUUCUCAUGUGUCCAUGGAGAAGGCGGCCUUUGAGGGGUGGCUGGAGUCGGUCUCCGCCUCUUUCCUCACACUGAGCGACCAGCAGCGCAACCAGUCCCUGGACCAACUCAUCUCGCUGAGCGGUGCAGUCCAGCUGCGGCACCUGUCCAACGGACUGGAGGCGCUGCUCAAGCGGGACUUCCUGCGACUGCUGCCCCUGGAGCUCACCUUCUAUUUGCUGCACUGGCUCGACCCGCAGACCCUGCUCACCUGCUGCCUGGUGUGCAAGGGGUGGAAUAAGGUGAUAAGUGCGUGCACGGAGGUGUGGCAGGGUGUGUGCCGGGACCUGGGCUGGCGCAUCGAUGACUCCAUCCAGGACGCGUCCCACUGGAAGGGUAUCUACCUCAAGGCCAAGCUGCGCAUGAUGCAGUUGAAGGACCAGGAGGCCUUUGAGACCUCGUCGCUCAUCGGGCACAGUGCGCGCGUCUACGCCCUCUACUACAAGGACGGCCUUCUCUGCACAGGCUCUGAUGACCUUUCUGCCAAACUGUGGGACGUCCGCACCGGGCAGUGCAUCUACGGCAUUCAGACGCACACCUGCGCCACAGUGAAGUUUGAUGAGCAGAAGCUGGUGACUGGGUCCUUUGACAACACUAUCGCCUGCUGGGAAUGGAGCACAGGUGCCAAGAUCCAGCAGUUCCGUGGGCACACGGGUGCAGUGUUCAGCGUGGACUACGAGGAUGAUCUGGACACGCUGGUGAGCGGCUCGGCCGACUUCUCUGUGAAGGUGUGGUCCCUGUCGGCAGGCGCCUGCCUCAACACCCUCACGGGACAUACUGAGUGGGUCACCAAGGUGAUUCUUCAGAAGAGUGAAGUAGAAUCCAUGGUGCACUGUCCUGGCGACUACAUUCUGUUGAGUGCUGACAAAUAUGAAAUAAAGGUUUGGCCUAUAGGCAGGGAAAUCAACUGUAAGUGCUUGAAGACCUUGUCUGUGUCAGAGGACCGUAGUGUGUGUCUGCAGCCUCGCCUGCAGUUUGACGGCCGCUAUGUCGUUUGUAGCUCGGACCUGGGGAUCUACCAGUGGGACUUUGCCAGCUUCGAUAUCCUCAGGGUCAUCAAAACGCAGGACCCCGCCAACCUUUCCCUGCUCAGCUUCGGCGAGGUGUUCUCGCUCCUCUUCGACACCGACUUCUUGUAUGUCAUGGACCUGAGGACAGAAAGGAUAACGGGUCGUUGGCCUCUGCCUGCCUACAGGAAGUCCAAACGAGGUUCCAGCUUCCUGCCGGGAGUCACCUCCUGGCUCAAUGGGCUAGAUGGGCGAAAUGACUCUGGCCUCGUGUUCGCCACGAGCAUGCCUGACCAUAGCAUUCACUUGGUUCUGUGGAAAGAAAACCGAUAAAGAAAGCUAUCGGCGAAACCUACGAGAACUAGAUUGUCAAUUGCCAUGUAAACAGGUCGCUCUGACUUUCGAAACCAACAUCAAGUUAGAUAAUGCAUGGGCCAAAGUUGUUUUCCCUUUUUUUUCUUUUUUUUCGACACAUGCUCUCAUACACGCAUCAUGUGACAUGCUGUCACCAACCAUAAGACACACCAAAACGCUGCUAUGAAUACAAGGGGAAGAAAGGCCCAGUUCAGAGGGCCAAGGAAGCAGUUGGUGUUAGUUCCAACCCUGCCAUGGGUCUUCUCAUUUUGAAGGAAAUACAAGGACCGGGACGGUGGCUGAAUGAAGACCGAACUCUCGAAAAACUGCAUGGUCUACAACCAUUAGACUGUGACAAUUUUACAAAAACAUUGCAAAACAAGUCAGGCUCUACAGCUGUAGACAUUUCCCCUGUAUUACCAUGUAUCAGAACCUUUAAACUUCGGACAAGGUUCUUCAAGCAGUUACGAGGCAGGAAGUUGCCUUAACACAAUACUUCGUUACAAGAAAGUACAUCUAUGACAUUGGCAUACUGUGUCCUACGUUUUUCCUAGACUGUCAAUUACCAUCCCCAUGAGAGUUUUAUGUUGAAAUGUUCAAAGUGGUUUGGUGCAUCGGAUUUGUACCAUAUUCAAUGUAAAUCCAUUGUUUGAUAAUGCUUUUCUUAAAAGUCAACUUGACAUUAAGUUGUGCCUUUUCCUUUGAUUUGAAUUUUCACUUAGGUGUGACAAAUCAAACUAGAAUUUCAUUAUUACCAGGCACAUUGCAAUGAGAUAAUGAAUGUUGUAAUUGUAUAUAUAUUUUUAUUAUCUUUCGUACUCUCCAUACUAUAACCAACCGCAUACAAUGUAUUUCUAAACUUACUAGGCUUGUCACGAUACCAACAUUUUACAAACCAUUUUUACAUCAGGCCAAGUAUCAUGCCGCCACGUUGGAAAAAUAAUAAGUGGCCGAGCAUCCUGCUCGCCCUGUCCCUCGGAAGCUUGUUUCCUAAACUUUCUCCAAAAACCUGUCACUUAAAUUCACACUUCUACUCAAUACAACACAUUUAACUUCACACUGUUUAGUGUAUUAUAGAAUGGCUGAUUUGGUCAUAUUUGGCUGGAGGAAUGUACAUGCAAAAUGAUCUGCAUGUCAUUGUCAGUAAGGGGAAAACACUGCUUGAAACCUUUACUCUUCAGUUAAGACACUUCCUCCUGUCAUGAGUAGCAGACCCUUUUCCUUUCUUCCUGUGCCAGUCAAAUGUGCCUACGUCUACUGUCAAUUACCAGGUUGUUGGCUAGCUAGAUAACAUGAUUGAACGUUGUUUGUAAUCAAACUAAUAAUUAGCAACCCGGGAUUAGUUUAAAAUGGCCCGCGACAUGGUUUGUGAAAUUAUAUAAAAUGCGCGCGGAUCCUGAUAGAAAGGGCAUUCUGUUAAUAUGGUUAAUAUUUUUUUGAAUGUUUAAGCAAACUAAAGACUAGACGUUUUUUGUUGUUGCUGUAAAGCAUGCCUGUGGCGAAAGGGUGCUCCAUUUCACCUCUCUGACAUGCCGACCAGGCCGGACACGUCGCGUACGCCGCAAAAUAAAUGUAGAAAUCCAUGUUAUUCAAUUAGUCUGCGUUCUCGCUCGCGCUAUCGUGCAUAAAUGUAUUUUGUCCCCCUACACCAAACGCGAUCACGACAUGCAGGUUAAAAUAUCAAAAACUCUGAAGCAAUGACAUUAAUUUGGGGACAGGUCGAAAAGCAUUAAACAUGUAUGGCAAUUUAGCUAGUUAGAACGGCCAACCGAAUUGUUUCUAGUCAUCUUUCCUCCUUCCAGAUUUUUUAAAUCUUUGAAUUUAUAUGGUGAUUGGCAUCUACACUUACCACGACAACCGGCAAAACAUUUCGUCUCUCAAUCACCCAUGUGGGUAUAACCAAUGAGGACCUGCUUCUAUAAACCAAUGAGGAGAUAGGAGAGGCAGGACUUUCAGAGCGAUCUGGGUCAGAAAUAGAAAGGAGUUCUAUUUUAGGCCAUGGCAUCGCUGGCGCGCGUAAUUGAAUGACACGGAUUUCUACAUUUAUUUUGCGACUCACGCACGGUCAGCAUGUAAAUUCUAUAUAUUUUUAAACUGAUGGCAGAAUAGACAAGUUUGAAGAGCGGACAGAGAGAAGCGGGUGAGUGAGGGCUGUUAGUGGAUGCAAUGCACUGAUUACAGCUGCGACACUUGAUACGCAAAUGACAGAAGUGGAUAUCAUAAGACCUGCGAAUACAAGAGACUAGUGGCUUAAAUUCAACUGAAUUUAUUAACAAAACUGACUUUAAACAACAGGCGCCAGCAGGCUCUUUAGAUCGGCAGGGCUGAACAAGUCGGUAGUAUCGUGAAAUGGUACAAUGGUGUUCUAAAAUGUUGGUAUUAUAAAGAUCAUCCGUUUUGGUACCUUUUUAUUACCGUGGUACCGGUAUACCGUGCAACACUAAAUCUUGCCACUUGCAACACUAAAUCUUGCUGCCAUUUACCCUACAUGAUUCACUUGAAUAUUUAUUGUGAAUUGCGGUGUUGAAGUAUAGACCAGGUAAAUGUUUUUUUUUACAGGAUUUGAAGUUGGGAAGUUUGCACAAUGUGAAUGAGAGUGAGCAAUUGGUUAUCAGCUUGGGAGUCAAAGCAAGACUUGACUCUCAGCUAUGUUUUACAGUGACAUUCAGUUCAGCAGUGUACUUAGACCAAGUCACUAAUUUAAGAGCAAAUACCCAUCCAUGCAGUUUUUAAAUGUCCAUUUCAAUACUUACAUAUGUGAUUUUCUCUAAAGAUCACAUUGGUUGCUCAGAGGUGAAUUUAGCCCAGAGAUGUUUUAAUACUCUGAAAGAGACCUCAAAGAUAUCAGGAGUCUUCCCAGUUAAGUGGAAAAGACCGGAUAGAUUUUUACACCAUAGCUGUUUCUGAAAAUUCUUAUAGCUGUUAAAUGCAUGCUUCUUCCAUUCUUGUUUCAUCAAUUCCUUGUACUCUUUCUCAAAGCUCAUUGGGGAGGUCUGUGGGUGGGACCUAGGAUCUUCUCCAAAACACCUUGAAAGGUAAAGAGGUAGUUGAGGAAACAAGGAUGGAGGCAGCAAGGAUUUGAACGCUAGUAACAUUUUGACAGUCUAUGCUUCCCUUCUCCCAAUGAUUCCUGAUUCGCACUCUGAAGUUCUGUAAUCUGUACAGACAAGUAGCUCUCCUGCCAUUCUGUUGAUGCCUUACUAAGCAGAUGAAUGGUACAGUAAACCUAGACAUUUUUGCUGAUACAAUCUCAUGUUUCAUUAGUUCAAACAAGGCCUCGGAGGUCAGACCUCUACAUGCAUUGCCUCACUAAACUGUAUUGCACUGUAAUAGCAUUACACACCCAACCAAUCUUUUUUUCACUUGCAUACAUCAAUCAGCUUAAUUCAGGUAUGUUGGUUGUAUAUAACAAUAUUGCAGUCUUUCAAAUAAAUGGAAGUUGCUAACCUUAA